AUGUCGUUCGAGACCACCGGAACCGUCAACAGCUUCGGCGGUAAGCUGUUGAAGCUGGCUCACCAGUCCAAAGUCAACAACUGUGAAAUGAAGCUGAACCUUUAUGUACCCCCAUCGGCCAGCUCCUCCAAGCCCGCGCCCGUUCUAUUUUACCUGGCUGGAUUGACCUGCACUGGUGACAAUGGCGCGGAGAAGGGUUUCCUUCAGGCCAAGGCCUCGGAGAAAGGCAUUGCAGUCGUCUACCCCGACACAUCUCCACGUGGUCUUCAGAUUGAAGGCGAAGACGAGAGCUAUGACUUUGGCAGCGGCGCCGGCUUCUACGUUGAUGCCACCAAGGAGCCAUGGACCAAGGGCUACAACAUGUACAGCUACAUCACUUCCGAGCUACCUGAAGCACUGUUCAGCCAUUUCAAAGAGCUCGAUGGAAGCCGGGUGUCUAUUACGGGCCACAGCAUGGGAGGUCACGGUGCUCUCACUCUGUUCCUGAAGAACCCGGGCAAGUACAAGUCCGUUUCAGCUUUCGCACCCAUCUCCAACCCGACCAAGUGCCCAUGGGGUGAGAAGGCAUUCUCGGGCUACUUUGGCGAAGACAACAAGUCGAAGUGGGCAGAACACGACGCUACCGAGCUGUUGCCCAAGUACCCCAACGAUACCGAUAUCUUGAUCGAUGUGGGCACCGGUGACAACUUCUACAAGCAGAAGCAACUUCUACCCGAAAAUCUGCAAGAGGCGGCAAAGAAGGCUGGGAAGAAGGUGACCGUGAGGUAUCAGGACGGAUACGACCACAGCUACUUUUUUAUUAGCACGUUUGCGAGCGAUCAUGUUGAGCAUGCGGCCAAGUACUUGCUCGCGUAUGCAGAGUCGGGGAAACUUUCGAAGCUAUGA